AUUAUACUACAUUUGACUUGGGGGAAGGCGUGCUGCUCAGUGUGGAAGAAGGAUGAGCAGGAGUGGCAGAACAUGUGUUUCAAAGUGGGAUCAGCCUCGACUUUUCCCAGGAGAUACAGAAUAUGGUAUUUGGCUUCAGAAUGUAGGGGAGUCUGUUCAUAAUAAAGAAUCACAAUCUGGGAGGGAUUGCCCAGAGCUUGCUGGUAGUACCAAUCCAGAAUUGUACCGUGUUGAAUGCAAUAAUGAAGAUGAAAUAUUGGAGUGGUAUGGAGAAGGAUGUUACAUGACAAAAAUGUCUCCUGGUCUUGAUCACUGGAGGCAACAAAAAUACAGUCACUUCCCUAGAAAUGGUCGGGGCAGAUCAGACAGGAGCCGGAGCAGGAGUCCUCCACAUGGUUUUAAGAGAGAAUUAGGAUUGGAUGGAAGUACUGCAGCCCGGACUUGUAGAGAUUUUGUUGCUGGUAGAUGCAGGAGAGGUGAUCGUUGUCCGUAUCUUCACCAGGAUCACGGAGAUCAUGAAGAUAGAUGUCCUGAAGGUGGUCUAGCAAAGUGCUAGGAAAGUAGCCACUGGA